AUGGAAACUGAUUCAAAUUCCAAGAUUCAAUUAUUGGUUUGGUUUUCUCAACUCAUGGGAGGUCUUUGUUCUAGGUCCGCCGAAGUUGACCGCGUCUUUGCCAGCUCCGAUGCCGAUUCCGAUGCCUCUCAUAAACCUAAUACUAACAACAACCCCGCUGAUUUCACAACGCCGCCUCAAGUGCGUGAGAUCAUGGAGAGAAACCCUGCCGGAGCAACCGCUGAUGACGUUUUCUAUGACGGAAUCCCACGCUACGCCGCUAAAGUCUCGGAGGUGAGUUCGCGUUUGGGAAGAGCUGGAUUGGGGAAGGCGGUGGAGGUUUUGGACAAUCUUGGGAGCAGCAUGGCAAAUUUAAAUGCUGGGAGUGGGUUUGUUUCUGGAGCUGCAUUAAAGGGGAGUGAAAUUUCCAUCUUAGCGUUUGAGGUUGCAAAUACUAUUGUCAAAGAGGUUGUGCAUGAUUUAGUGUCAAAGGAUACAGAUGAACUUCUUAGGAUUGUUGCCGCAGAUAAGAGGCAGGAAUUGAAAGUUUUUUCUGACGAGGUGAUUCGUUUUGGAAAUCGGUCAAAGGAUCCUCAGUGGCACAACUUAGACCGUUACUUUGAGAAGAUUAGCAGAGAAUCAAAUGCUCAAAGACUCUCAAGAGACGAGGCAGAAUCAAUAAUGAAACAAUUGAUGAAUUCAGUUCAAUUUACAGCUGAGUUGUACCACGAACUUCAUGCGUUGGAUAGAUUUGAACAAGAUAUUGAACAUAAGGGCGAAGAGGAAGAUCAAAGAGGUGAUAACCUUGCAUUCUUGAGAGCAGAAAUUAAAAGUCAAAAGAAGCAAAUUAAACAUUUAAAGAAAAAAUCACUCUGGUGUAGAAGUUUGGAGGAGGUUAUUGAGAAGCUUGUAGACAUUGUCCAUUUUUUACAUUUGGAGAUAAGCAAUAACUUUGGGAGUGCAGAUAGCCAAAAGCCAAUAAUAGGAAACAUUGGCAAUCGUCAAAGAUUGGGCCCUGCAGGUCUUGCUUUGCAUUAUGCAAAUAUAGUACUUCAAAUUGAUACCCUUGUAGCCAGGUAUAUUGCUAUGCCUGCAAAUACAAGGGACACAUUGUAUCAAAACUUGCCCCCUAAUAUAAAAUCAGCUUUGCGUUCCAAGUUAUCAUCCAUUCAUGUUGUAGAAGAGAUAACUGCAGCGAAUAUCAAAGACGAGAUGGAGAAAACAUUACAUUGGUUGGUCCCAAUUGCCACAAACACAUCUAAAGCACACCAUGGUUUUGGCUGGGUGGGGGAGUGGGCUAACACAGGCUCUGAGGUGGAUAAGAAAGUUUUCCAGGGUGGUGCAAUGCGAAUUGAAACAUUCCACUAUGCUGAUAAAGACAAAGUAGAACAUUAUAUUCUUGAACUUCUCAUAUGGCUUCACCGCCUGGCCAUUAAAGUUAAGUCUGGCAGUGAUGCUGGCAAAGCGAGGCCUGCCAUGAAAUCCUCUGUCGGGGCUACCAUGGAAAAGACAAAUAAGCAUUCUACAAAUUUAACAAUGGAUGAGCAAAACAUGCUGCAGAAUGUAAGUAAGAAAUCCAAAAUGAAAGGAAUCAGUAAGAGCUUGGACUUUGACAGUCUGAAGCCUACAUUGAGUGAGAAGUGCAGACUGACCAAAAGUAGCAGUCUUUCAUCAAGUAAAAGCAAGGAAUCGUCUUUUAAUAGGAUUUCGUCAAAGCUUCCCGUGAUUGAUUUUGAUAUUGACAAAGAGCGAGCGUUGAACGUGAUCGACAGACUAGAUGUGGUCAGAUAA